AUGUCUCGCCAGUCGAGUGUAUCCUUCCGGAGCGGGGGCGGCCGUAGCUUCAGCGCUGCCUCUGCCAUCACCCCGUCUGUGUCCCGCACCAGUUUCACCUCCGUGUCCCGGUCCGGGGGUGGCGGUGGCGGCUUUGGCAGGGUCAGCCUAGGGGGUGCUUGUGCAGCUGGUGGCUAUGGCAGCCGGAGCCUCUACAACCUGGGAGGCUCCAAGAGGAUCUCCAUCAGCACCAGUGGUGGCAGCUUCAGGAACCGACUUGGUGCAGGUGCUGGAGGCGCCUAUGGCUUCGGAGGUGGAGCCGGGAGUGGAUUUGGUUUUGGCGGUGGAGCCGGUGGAGGCUUUGGGCUCGGUGGCGGCGCUGGCUUUGGAGGUGGCUUUGGUGGUCCCGGCUUCCCUGUGUGUCCCCCCGGAGGCAUCCAAGAGGUCACGGUCAACCAGAGCCUCCUGACUCCCCUCAACCUGCAAAUCGACCCCACCAUCCAGCGGGUGAGGACUGAGGAGCGGGAGCAGAUCAAGACCCUCAACAACAAGUUCGCCUCCUUCAUCGACAAGGUGCGGUUCCUGGAGCAGCAGAAUAAGGUCCUGGACACCAAGUGGACUCUGCUCCAGGAGCAGGGCACCAAGACCGUGAGGCAGAACCUGGAGCCCUUGUUUGAGCAGUACAUCAACAACCUCAGGAGACAGCUGGACAGCAUCCUGGGGGAGAGGGGCCGCCUGGACUCAGAGCUGAGGAACAUGCAGGAUCUGGUGGAGGACUUCAAGAACAAGUAUGAAGAUGAAAUCAACAAGCGUACCACUGCUGAGAAUGAGUUUGUGAUGCUGAAGAAGGAUGUGGAUGCUGCCUACAUGAAUAAGGUCGAGCUAGAAGCCAAGGUCGAUGCCCUGAUGGACGAGAUCAAUUUCAUGAAGAUGUUCUUUGAGGCGGAACUGUCCCAGAUGCAGACACAUGUCUCAGACACUUCUGUGGUCCUGUCCAUGGACAACAACCGGAACCUGGACCUGGACAGCAUCAUCUCUGAGGUCAAAGCCCAGUAUGAGGAGAUUGCCAACCGUAGUCGGACAGAAGCCGAGUCCUGGUACCAGACCAAGUACGAAGAGCUGCAGCAGACAGCAGGCCGGCACGGGGAUGAUCUCCGCAACACCAAGCAAGAGAUCUCGGAGAUGAACCGGAUGAUCCAGAGGCUGAGAGCCGAGAUUGACAAUGUCAAGAAGCAGUGUGCUAACCUGCAGAACGCCAUUGCUGAUGCUGAGCAGCGCGGGGAGAUGGCCCUCAAGGACGCCAAACACAAGCUGGCCGAGUUGGAGGAGGCCCUGCAGAAGGCCAAGCAGGACAUGGCCCGGCUGCUCAGGGAGUACCAGGAGCUGAUGAACACCAAGCUGGCCCUUGACGUGGAGAUCGCCACCUAUAGGAAGCUGCUGGAGGGCGAGGAGUGCAGACUGAGUGGAGAAGGAGUUGGACCAGUCAACAUCUCUGUCAUCACAAACAGCGUGUCCUCUGCCUAUGGAGGUGGCAGUGGCUUUGGCGGUGGCCUCGGUGGAGGUCUUGGCGGUGGUCUUGGCGGUGGUCUUGGCGGUGGUUUUGGAGGAGGUGGCAGUGGAAGCUUCUACUCCAGCAGCAGUGGAGGAGUCGGCCUCGGCGGUGGGCUCAGUGUGGGGGGUUCUGGCUUCAGUGCAGGCAGUGGUCGAGGCCUGGGGGUGGGCUUUGGCAGUGGCGGGGGCAGCAGCUCCAGUGUCAAGUUUGUAUCUACCACCUCCUCUUCUCGGAAGAGCUUCAAGAGCUAA